CAAUGUGACCCAUAGUUACAUGGACGGACAUGUUAUGAUGUGGCAUGACAACAGCAUCCCAAAUAUAGAAGGAAGUAAGUAGAUGAUCAUGUAAUCAUUUAUGUAACAGACUACCCCCACACACCCCCAACCGAGCUUAGCAAUCAGGACCCCUCCUGUCAUUUACUCCAGAUCUUCUACUUCUUUCCUUUCUCUACUACCUACUACUUCUCCUUUUACCUCUACUUGACUCCCUUCACAAAGCCAACAAGCACUCCCCAUCAUCUACAAAGAACCAAUCUCACCAACCACCCAAAAAUGGAAGACACUCCCCUCCCCCCCGCAAGCACCGACCCCCGCGACCUCGCCGCCCUCGAAUCCAACCCCUCCGUCCUCUUCCCCAGCUUCACCUCCAGCACCGCCUGGACCCUCGGCCUCGCCCUGCGCGAGCGCAUUCUAUCCCUCCCACCCACACAACGCAAGCCAGCGCUAAUCUCCAUUACCUUGACGGGGGGCUCCGAACCACACGUUAUCUUCCAAUGCGCCACCGAGCCCGGUACGGUAGCGGACAACGAGGUGUGGGUGCGACGGAAGCGGAACACAGUGUUGCGAUGGGGCGUGUCGAGUUGGUUGAUGAGACAGAAGAUGUUGAGUUCGACGGGGGCGGAAGCGAGUGAGGUGGAGGCGGCGUUUGUGAGGAAGUUUGCCUUGACGAGUAGCGGCGGUGGAGGCGCGGCGGAUGAGUUUGCCAUUCAUGGGGGUGCGUUUCCCAUUCGGGUGAGGGGCGUGGAUGGCAUUGUGGGUGUUGUGGUGGUGAGUGGGUUGAAGCAGGAGGAUGAUCAUCAGGUGGUGGUGGAGACGAUCAGGGAGGUUAUUGCGAAGAUGUAAAUAAAUUCAUUAGUGUAAUAUAUUAUAUAUACGAUAUGUAUUAGAGUGAUUUGUUUU